CGGGCCUCUCUUCUUACCUAGAGACACAGAGGUGAAAUCUGAUUGGAUAAAAACUCUACUUAAUGAAAUGGUUCCUUGUGACUGAGUCUCACUUUCUGUGUAUCUUGUGUCUCCCUGUCAGCUAAGAUGGAGAGUCUGCCACUGAAACAAUCAAAGCCAGAGGAGGAAGUGGAGCAGCAGACCUUCAUAGCUUUUGCGCGGGUCUACAGCGGAGUGGUGAAGAAAGGACAGAGAGUAUUUGUUCUGGGACCAAAGUAUGAUCCCGCCCAGGGCCUCAGCAUGCUGCCAGAGGGUGUCAGUGCUUCAGACUGUGUGACUGAGGUGCCUCAUCUGUCCUGCUGUUCCAUGGAAAGCCUCUACCUGCUGAUGGGAAGAGAGCUAGAGGAGCUGGAGGAGGUGCCUGUAGGAAAUGUCCUGGGUAUCGGAGGUCUGGAGGAGAGCGUCUUGAAGUCGGCCACCCUGUCAACCUCCCCUGCCUGUCCGCCCUUCAUCCCACUCAACUUUGAGGCCACACCCAUUGUUCGGGUUGCCAUAGAACCCAAACAUCCAAGUGAGAUGCCAAAGCUGGUGCGUGGGAUGCGUCUGUUGAACCAGGCAGAUCCCUGUGCUGAGGUUCUGAUUCAGGAAACAGGAGAACAUGUUCUGGUAACUGCUGGUGAGGUUCAUCUCCAACGCUGCUUGGACGACCUCAGAGACCGGUUUGCUAAAAUUGAGAUCAGCGCGUCCAAGCCCAUCAUUCCAUUCAGAGAAACAGUGGUACGUCCUCCAAAAGUGGACAUGGUGAAUGAAGACCUGGGCAAGCAGCAUAAAGUAGCCAUCAUUCACCAGGUCAGUCAACCGCACAUUCAUUGAACUGUAGUCCACGUCGAUAUAGAACCCGUUCAUAGAAAGUUUUCUGUUGCAGUUGUUUUUACAGUUGUGUGUUGAAGUUUACAUUAACAUGGUGGAAUCAUUAGGAGAAUUUGGCAGUUAGAAGGAGCCGUGGAGCAAGAAGCAACAUUU